UUUGCCAUUAUAUCACUUGGCAGUAUUUACCCACCGUUAAAGCAUCACAAUAACAAAAUAAAACAUAUGACAAUCUUAACUUUUAAAUAUAAUAAAUAUUCAUCCUAAGUUUAUGCCCUUUGUGAGAGAUUGGAGUCUGGACUAGGUGUAAAAUGAGACUCUGGAUCCUCUGCUGCUUGGUAGCAGCCGUCGUCGUCGCGAACCCGUUAGACAAAAAUGUUGAAGAUGUAAAACUAAUUUUCAAUGAAAAUUACAAUCCCGGCGGCAACAGGGGUUUUCGCACUACAUACGAGCAGACCGAUGGUACACUCAUUCAAACUCAAGGCGAACUAGUUAAAGUGGACAACGACGGUACAGAGGUGGAGGUCUUGGUCAUCAGCGGAAGCUACUCCUUCUUUAUCGAUGGUGUCAAGUACACAGUACGCUACACGGCCGACCAAAAUGGAUACCAUCCUAUGAUUAUUACGGGGGCUGAAAAGCCACCUAGCGGCGUACCAGGUCCUAUACUCGCCAGCUUAUUGGGUGGGUAAUAUACCGGCAUAAUCUCAAUUUAUAUGGCGAUGGAUUUUAAAUGAUUGUAAGAAUCUGUAUUUAACUAUUACGUUUCUCUUGUUCCUACCUAAAUAUAAUCACCUUCACGUGGA